GGUGUCUCGCGUCAAGAAGUAGCUGUCACUGUCUGCGCUGUAGAUUGCGCACAAAAAAUUUGGUGUGUGACUUGUGGGCACCGAGCAUCCCUAUCGAAUAAUCGAAGCGAAAAAACAAGAUCCUAUUACCAGUUUACCUUUAUUUCGAGCAAAACAAGAAUCUACCCGACGACGAAAUGGAAAUAAGAAAGCUAAUAGAUCUUCUGAGGGCAACCAUAGACCCCAAUCAAAGGCAACAAGCAGAGCUUCAACUGGAUCAAAUCCACAAGAUCAUCGGCUUCGCCCCGUCGCUGCUCCAAGUGAUCAUGAUGUCGGACUGCGACAUGCCCGUAAGGCAGGCGGGCGCCAUCUACCUCAAGAACCUCGUGUCGACGAGCUGGCAGGAUCGCGAAGCGGAGCCCUGCCAGCCCACGCCCUUCGCUCUGCACGAACAGGACAGGUCUCUCAUCCGGGAUAGCAUCGUUGACGCAGUCGUACACGCGCCCGAUUUGAUACGGACGCAACUUUGCACGUGCGUCAAUCACAUGGUCAAGCACGAUUUUCCGGGAAGGUGGACGCAGAUCGUCGACAAGAUCAGUGUAUAUUUAUCGAAUCCCGACCCCAGCGGUUGGCUGGGGUCGCUGCUGUGCCUCUACCAGCUAGUCAAAAAUUUCGAGUACAAAAAGGCGGAGGAGAGAGGCCCCCUGCACGAAGCCAUGAACCUGUUGCUACCACAAUUGUACCAGCUCGAGGUCCGCUUACUGCCUGAUCCGUCGGAGCAAUCGGUGCUGCUGCAGAAGCAAGGACUCAAGGUGUAUUUCGCUCUCACCCAGUACAUAUUGCCCCUGGACCUGAUCAGCAGGGAGUGUUUCGCCCAGUGGAUGGAAGUUUGUAGACAGGUGGUGGAACGUCCCGUGCCGCCCGCCGCUCUGCAACCCGACGAGGACGAGCGGCCCGACCUGCCGUGGUGGAAGUGCAAAAAGUGGGCGUUGCACGUGCUGUACAGGAUGUUCGAGCGCUACGGCAGUCCCGGCCACGUCACCAAGGAGUACAACGAGUUCGCCGAAUGGUAUCUGCAGACGUUCAGCUCCGGCAUCCUAGAGGUGUUACUGCGCGUGCUCGACAGCUACCGAGGCGGGCAUUGGGUGCCGCCUCGCGUCCUCCAACAAACUCUCAACUACCUCAACCAGGCCGUCUCCCACGGUCACACCUGGAAGAUACUCAAGCCGCACAUGCCCGCCAUCAUACAGGACGUCCUCUUCCCGCUGAUGAGCUACUCGGCCGAGGACCACGAGCUGUGGACGGUCGAUCCGCACGAAUACAUUCGUGUCAAGUUCGACGUGUUCGAGGACUUCGUGUCUCCAGUAACCGCCUCCCAGACCCUCCUCCAUUCCUCUUGCAAGAAGCGCAAAGGCGUGCUGCAGAAGACGAUGCUGAUGCUGACGCAAGUGUUGACGAACGCGGCGACGGAGCCUGCGCAGAAGGACGGCGCGCUGCACAUGGUCGGCUCGUUGGCCGACGUGCUGCUCAAGAAGAAGGUGUACCGCGAUCAGCUCGACACGCUGUUCGUCAAGUACGUGUUCCCGGAGUUCAGGAGCGACAGGGGGCACAUGCGCGCCAGGGCCUGUUGGGUAAUGCAUUAUUUCGCCGAAUACUCGUCCAACGUUCUAAUGGACGCCGUCAAUUUGACAGUCCACGCUCUGCUGUACGACAAAGAUCUGCCGGUCAAAGUCGAAGCGGCCAUCGCCUUGCAGUCUCUGCUAAACCAUCAAGACAAAGCGCAAAAGUUCAUCGAGCCUCAGGUGAAACAAAUCGCUCUGGAACUGCUCACGAUCAUCCGAGAAACGGAAAACGAGGACGUGACCGGCGUCAUGCAAAAGCUGGUGUGCGUCUACACGCAACAGCUGACGCCGAUCGCCGUCGAGAUAUGCCAGCACCUGGCCGCCACCUUCAAUCAAGUGUUGGACACCGACGAGGGCUCCGACGAGAAGGCGAUCACAGCGAUGGGGCUGCUCAACACCAUCGAGACGCUGCUCACUGUUAUGGACGAACAGCCCGAGGUUAUGCAGCUUUUGGAGCCGACAGUUCUGCAAGUCAUAGCACAUGUGCUGCAAAACGAGGUACACGAAUUCUACGAGGAGGUGUUGGCUUUGAUCUACGAUCUCACCAGCAAGCAGAUUUCGCCCGACAUGUGGAAGGUGUUCGAAUUGUUGUAUCAAGUUUUCAUGAAGAAUGGCAUUGAUCACUUCACUGACAUGAUGCCGGCCCUCCACAAUUACAUCACAAUCGAUACCAACGCCUUUCUAUCGAACGAACAACGUCUGUUAGCUAUUUUCAACAUGUGCAAAGAAAUACUUACCAAGAUCCACAAGAUCAUCGGCUUCGCCCCGUCGCUGCUCCAAGUGAUCAUGAUGUCGGACUGCGACAUGCCCGUAAGACAGGCGGGCGCCAUCUACCUCAAGAACCUCGUGUCGACGAGCUGGCAGGAUCGCGAAGCGGAGCCCUGCCAGCCCACGCCCUUCGCUCUGCACGAACAGGACAGGUCUCUCAUCCGGGAUAGCAUCGUUGACGCAGUCGUACACGCGCCCGAUUUGAUACGGACGCAACUUUGCACGUGCGUCAAUCACAUGGUCAAGCACGAUUUUCCGGGAAGGUGGACGCAGAUCGUCGACAAGAUCAGUGUAUAUUUAUCGAAUCCCGAUCCCAGCGGUUGGCUGGGGUCGCUGCUGUGCCUCUACCAGCUAGUCAAAAAUUUCGAGUACAAAAAGGCGGAGGAGAGAGGCCCCCUGCACGAGGCCAUGAACCUGUUGCUACCACAAUUGUACCAGCUCGAGGUCCGCUUACUGCCCGAUCCUUCGGAGCAAUCGGUGCUGCUGCAGAAGCAAGGACUCAAGGUGUAUUUCGCUCUCACACAGUACAUAUUGCCCCUGGACCUGAUCAGCAGGGAGUGUUUCGCCCAGUGGAUGGAAGUUUGUAGACAGGUGGUGGAACGUCCCGUGCCGCCCGCCGCUCUGCAACCCGACGAGGACGAGCGGCCCGACCUGCCGUGGUGGAAGUGCAAAAAGUGGGCGUUGCACGUGCUGUACAGGAUGUUCGAGCGCUACGGCAGUCCCGGCCACGUCACCAAGGAGUACAACGAGUUCGCCGAAUGGUAUCUGCAGACGUUCAGCUCCGGCAUCCUAGAGGUGUUACUGCGCGUGCUCGACAGCUACCGAGGCGGGCAUUGGGUGCCGCCUCGCGUCCUCCAACAAACUCUCAACUACCUCAACCAGGCCGUCUCCCACGGUCACACCUGGAAGAUACUCAAGCCGCACAUGCCCGCCAUCAUACAGGACGUCCUCUUCCCGCUGAUGAGCUACUCGGCCGAGGACCACGAGCUGUGGACGGUCGAUCCGCACGAAUACAUUAGAGUCAAGUUCGACGUGUUCGAGGACUUCGUGUCCCCAGUAACCGCCUCGCAGACCCUCCUCCAUUCCUCUUGCAAGAAGCGCAAAGGCGUGCUGCAAAAGACGAUGCUGAUGCUGACGCAAGUGUUGACGAACGCGGCGACGGAGCCUGCGCAGAAGGACGGCGCGCUGCACAUGGUCGGCUCGCUGGCCGACGUGCUGCUCAAGAAGAAGGUGUACCGCGAUCAGCUCGACACGCUGUUCGUCAAGUACGUGUUCCCGGAGUUCAGGAGCGACAGGGGGCACAUGCGAGCCAGGGCCUGUUGGGUAAUGCAUUAUUUCGCCGAAUACUCGUCCAACGUUCUAAUGGACGCCGUCAAUUUGACAGUCCACGCUCUGCUGUACGACAAAGAUCUGCCGGUCAAAGUCGAAGCGGCCAUCGCCUUGCAGUCUCUGCUGAACCACCAAGACAAAGCGCAAAAGUUCAUCGAGCCUCAGGUGAAACAAAUCGCUCUGGAACUGCUCACGAUCAUCCGAGAAACGGAAAACGAGGACGUGACAGGCGUCAUGCAGAAGCUGGUGUGCGUCUACACGCAACAGCUGACGCCGAUCGCCGUCGAGAUAUGCCAGCACUUGGCCGCCACCUUCAAUCAAGUCUUGGACACCGACGAGGGCUCCGACGAGAAGGCGAUCACAGCGAUGGGGCUGCUCAACACCAUCGAGACGCUGCUCACUGUUAUGGACGAACAGCCCGAGGUUAUGCAGCUUUUGGAGCCGACAGUUCUGCAAGUCAUAGCACACGUGCUGCAAAACGAGGUUCACGAAUUCUACGAGGAGGUGUUGGCUUUGAUCUACGAUCUCACCAGCAAGCAGAUUUCGCCCGACAUGUGGAAGGUGUUCGAACUGUUGUAUCAAGUAUUCAUGAAAAAUGGCAUCGAUCACUUCACUGACAUGAUGCCAGCCCUCCACAACUACAUCACAAUCGAUACCAACGCUUUUCUAUCGAACGAACAACGUCUAUUAGCUAUUUUCAACAUGUGCAAAGAAAUACUUACCAAGGAUUGCGGAGAGGAUCCCGAAUCUCACGCCGCCAAACUGUUGGAGGUCGUUCUUCUGCAGUGCCGGAAAAAGAUCGACCAGGCGGCUCCCAUGUUAGUCGAGUUGGCCGCCACCAGGCUGCUGAGGGAGGUGAAGACCAGCGAGCUCAGAACGAUGUUGCUGCAGGUGCUGAUCGCCGCCCUCUACUACGACCCUCAGCUACUCUUCUCAGUAUUGCAAAAAAUGCCCGACUUCACGAACCACUUCAUCAAGCAAUGGCUGCACGACGCCGACUGCUUCCUCGGCAUCCACGACAGAAAACUGUGCGUUCUUGGGCUGUGCACCCUCAUCACGAUGCCGACACGGCCGCCCGCCCUGCUCGAGGUGGCCGGCAAGGUGGUGCCCUCCCUCAUCCUCCUCUUCGACGGUUUGAAGAGGGCGUACGCGGCCAAGGCGGCAGAGGGGGCCGAGGAGGAGGAGAGCGACAGCUCGGACGGCGAGAUCGAGGGCGACCUGCUCAGUUCCGACGAGGACGAACUCGACGACCAAGGUCAAGACUACCUGGAGAACUUGUCGAGACGGGCGACGAGCGCCGCGGCGCCGCAGGGCAUGAGCGUCGCGGCGACCAUCAACGACCUCGUCGACGGCUCCGACGACGAUGACGACGACAGCGACUUCGAGGCCAACGAGGAGACGGUGCUGGAAUCGUACACGACGCCGCUGGACGACGAGGAUUGCGACGUGGACGAGUACCAGGCGUUCAAGCAGGUCAUGACCGCUCUACAAAAUCAGGAUCCCGAUUGGUAUAACGCACUGACGAACGGUCUAACCGAAGCACAAGUGAAGUCGUUGGGGGAGAUUUGCGUACUGGCCGAACAGAGGGCGGCCGCUAGGGAAAGUAAAAGAAUUGAACAGCAAGGAGGUUAUAUAUUCACACAACAAGCGGUGCCAACAUCUUUCAAAUUCGGCGAUGGAAAUUCAUGAAUGUGUUUGUUUUCCGUCUAUUAUAUUCAUUGACUGAUUGUAAAAUUGACUCUGUUGACCUGUGAAGUGAUUGUACAGUUCCGAUUAAAAAUCAUCUUUUUCAUUUUUUGAUUAAGUGCCUUUUUAUUAGAUUGUAUUUGUAAUUUAAAUUGAUUAAAUUAUAUAGUGGUGAGACACCAAAACAGCAUGCAGUUUUCUCUUGUAAAUAGCUUUUGUUUUAUGAUUGAUAAAAUAAACGUCUUUUUAUGUU